AUGCUCCUCCUCUUGGGGCUCCUAGUUUCUCUGUUAGGCAUUUCUGCUCAGCCUGGACCACCAAGACCAGGACCACAGCCUCCAAGGCCUGGCGGUAACCCUCCACCGCCACCUGGAGGUAACCCUCCACCGCCACCUGGAGGUAACCCUCCACCGCCACCUGGAGGUAACCCUCCACCGCCACCUGGCGGGAACACGCCACCGUACCCCGGCGGAAAUCCGCCACGACCACCAGGAGGUACUCCACCUCCUCCACCACCUGUAGAUGACCCGUAUGAUUACUACGGCGAAGGAUCACCACCAGGGCCACCGCUACAGUGUAACCCUAACCCGCAGAUAUGCAAUUGCCCCCUUAUAACGGCGCCUCCACCAACUACAACGACUUAUUUGCCACCAGGACCCACUACCACCUCUCGAUACGGUCCUCCUGGGUCGCCGCCCAGUCCGCCAGCCACUCAAUACACUCCUUCAACACCGCCCUCCAUUCCUCCUACUAGAAACAGCCCUUCGAUAGCGCCGAUCACAACCACCACUUACGCGCCCACGCCAACACCACGGACAACACCGCCCGAUCUGCCUCCAACCGUCCCUAAUUUGCCUACAUACAACGAUCUACAGAAUGCAGUCCUCUCAUGUGCCAACACUCUGGACUCCAUGGUAAACGACAAUCGCAACAGGAGGAACACUGAACUCUUCAGAAAAGCAGCCAAAGCUCUCCGGACUGUGGGUCGACGCACGUUCCGAGCACUGAAAUACCGAAUUACAACCAGUUGA